CCAAUUCCUCUCGCGCUCUCUAUAUCUACGUGCCACACGCCGUGCGGUACCAGUGCUUGCGCGUGUACGUACGUACGUGUAUCGGCGCACGCAUGAUGGCUCCUACCACCUCCUUGCUCGCGCUCGUGUUCCUCUUCCUCCUGCCCGCCGCCGCCGUCGCCGCCCCACCGGCUACCGGCGACGCCGCCGCCUUCAACGUGACGGAGAUCCUCAGCCGGUACCCGGAGUUCAAGCUCUUCAACCUCCUCCUCAGCAAGACCCGCGUCGCGCGCGAGGUGAACCGCCGGAGCGCCGUCACCGUGCUGGUCCCGGACAACUCGGCGGUGGACUGGCUCCUGCGCCGCAGCGCCAGGCUGCCGCGCGCCGCGCUCGUGGAGCUUGUCUCCGUCCACGUUGCGCUCGACUACAUCGACGCGGCCAAGCUGGCCGCGCUGCCCCGGAGCGGCCAGCCCGCCGUGGUCACCACGCUGUUCCAGACCACGGGGGCCGCGCUGAACCGCACGGGGUUCCUGAACGUCACCGCAGUAGGGCGCGCCGGCGCUGUCUUCGUAUCGGCCGCGCCCGGGUCGCUGGUCAGCGCCACGUUCAGGAGGGCGGUGACCGCCCGGCCGUACAACAUAUCGGUGCUCCAGAUCAGCAACUUCGUCGUGCCGCCGGGCGUCAUCACCAGGCCGCGGCCGCCGCUGCCGUCGCCGCCCGCGCCGAGGAUGAGGCAGAUGGCCAUCGCGCCCAGCCCUGCGCCGACGUUAGCUUCGUUGAGGCCAUCUCCGACGACGCUACCGUCCUCGGAGGGCGAUGCCGCGGAGGCUCCGGACACUACUGCUGAAGCGCCGACGCCGUCGCAUGGUCAUGUGGCGGAAGUGACCAGUUGGUGGAUUGGUGCGGCCGUGGGGGUGGCAUCCAUGCUCGGGUACUUGUAGAUUGCUCCAUCUGCCUGCAACUGAUCGAUCGGGAGGGAAUCGUCACAUGCAUUUUUGUAAUAGCUCAUGUUGCGCACCCUAGUAAGUAAUUCUUAUAUCGCCUUUUUCUUUAGUCGAUAUUUGCACUUUUUUGUUUUCUUAUAUUAUUAGGCUUCUUGGAAUUAUAGAGAGUAGAAAUACAAAUUAAAGGCCACAAAAACAAGUCGAGUAUGUCGAGACAAGGACUCCGUCUGCAUGUCAUUUCUGAUCCAUGGAUUCCCUACCACACCAACACACGAUUCACUUGGGUCCGUGUGUCACUUGGUUUGCCCGCGCACCACAUUGACAUCUGGUUUGAGGUUUUGAACAAUUUUGCAUGAACCGAUCAUAUUUUAGGAUUCAUUUUUACUUGUUUCUGGGGACCAGGUAUGACAUAUAAUGCUAAGUUGGAGAACCACUAUUAUAUUCUACUACUUUUUAUUCUUUAGCUGCACUGCAGUCUACAGGUAAAGAGGCAACAUAUUAUUAUUAUUAUUAUUAUUAUUAUUAUUAUUAUUAUUAUAUUAUGUACGGAAUACACUGACGAACAUACAUACUCACGUCACAACUAACGUACCAAAUGCAACAAAAUUAAAUGAAAAUAGAAGUACACACCUUAGAGAGACAAAGACAAAAGAGAGAGGGAAACACAGGUAGGAGGAGUACACUCUAGAG